AUGGAAGUUAGAGCACUUGUGGCUAACACACAUAAAAGAGAGUACCAUGAAGUAUAAAAAACUAAUAUUUAAACUAUCACUUCACAUAAUGAGUUAGCUUAAGGAGCAUCUGAAGAAGAUGAUAACAGACAUUAACUAGAUAGCAAUAGAGGUAAUUAACUUCAUGAGUAAAAUGGAGAAUUCACCGGAAAGUCUCAAAUUCUUGUAAACAUUGCAAGCAAUAGUAAGGAGGAUUUAAAGUUGAAGGAAAAUAAAUCAGAUUCUAAUUUCAAUCGAGCAAUGAAUGAAAACGAAAUUCUUUAAUCAUACUUUGACAAAUCAAUUCAGCUACUUAACUACAACCUAAGUGUUGCUAAAAAUGAUUCAGAUCAGCAAUAAAUUCAAGAUCAAAAUAAUUAGCUGGGUUAUUUUAAAUAUAAAGACAAGAGGAAAUAGAUGAAUAAUGUUUAAAAACAGAUUGAAAAAACACUCAAAACAUAGAAUAAUUGCUUUCUUCCAAAUUACAAACAAAAUACGAUGAUGAAAAGGUUCAAGCCGAACGUAUUAGCUACUGAUUUAAUUAAGAACGAUAAGCGAAAUAAAAUGCUGUCGAAGAGUUUUGAAUUCAAUGCCAAAACUAAGAAAAUUAAGAAGCUGAGGAAAAUGAAUAAUGUUGUAGUAGGUGUUAACAUCUCUCCAAAGACCACUUAAUAAUAAAUUGUAGUGAUGAAUCAUAGUACUUAAGAGAUUUAAAUGAUUGAUAGUACUGAUAUAAUGAAGAACCCUGAGAAAGUUAUAAAAAUAUAGACAGUUAUAAGUGACCCUAAAGUUAGACCUUAGGACAAGCAUCAAAGUAGAAGUUUUGCCUUAUAGAAAAAGCAAGGAUUAAAAUUAAAGAAUUAGUAGAGCAGUAGUCUAGGAGCAUGGAAAGUGUAAAAUCAUCACUAAAGUAGUCCUAGUAAUAACAAUAAAUCAAGUGAACAACACAGCAGAGGUAACUAUAAACAUUAACAUAUUGUCUUUGACUAGAAUAGUUCAAAACUCUCUUUUGACUAGGCUUCACCAUUAAACACUGAACUUGCGAUGUUUGAUGAUAUAAGGCAAAUGCAGCCAAGAAAUUUGCAUCAGUAACCCCCUGCUAAUAUCUUCCAGUAGUCUAUUCUUAAGUAAAAAGAAAUUAGUUAGAACAGUGAGUUAAAGCACUCUACAUUCAAUAAAAACAUCCUAGUAAGAGAUGACGAAAUCAAUAACACAAAUUAAAGCUAGUAAAAAAGGAAAAAUACUAACUCUUUUAGCAUGGACUCGAAAUUGCAAUUCAAUCAGUUAACUGAGGAUCAUCGAAAGGUUUUUGACUCUUAAAAUAUCAGUAGUGAUAAUCAUAAAAGACAUACUUCAAAUAUCUAGCCAAUUGAUGAAAGAGGCAUAAAAUCCUCAAUUGGUCAACUUAGCUCUGGCUAAAAUGAAUACUUGAGCAAAAGUAUUGAAGUUGUAGUUUAAAGGACUAGUCACAGCAAUAGUAAAAUUACAUCAUUCAAAGACUCAACUCCCAAUAAUAUUUAAUAUCGAAAUAUCUAUGGCAAUAGUGCUUAUAUCAUGACACCUAAACAUACUAGGAUUCAGAAUAAUUAAGAGCAAAUUGAGAAUGCUAAGCCUCACACUAUGAAUAUAAAAUUUGAUGAUCCACAUAUGAAGAAGAUUGUUUUGAAGAAGUAGCAAAUAAAAGCUUUAAAAGAUGAUUAUGCUGAUCACAUAUAUAAAGGGAGCACAAGCUAGAGAUCACAGAAUAGAUAGCAGCAAGACAAUAUAAUAAUGAAUCAUGAUUUAGUACAAUUUGGAAUAAAGGUUAAGACUAAAACAUUAAAGUCAUCCAAAACCAUUAGAUAGGACAAUGAAAGAAAAGCAAAGAAAUAAAAGAGCAAUAAAUUGCAUCUCUAGCAGCUUCAACUUGAGGAAAAUAAAUAGAUUUAGGAUAAAGAUCACUAGUCAAGCAGCUUAAAUAAAGAUAAUCCAUAUGUGACAUCUUCAAUGACUGCUCACUUAGUUAUAUAAAAUGGAAUAUACGAUACAGUAACACAAGAAAGCAAUAUGCAGAAAUUGGGAUUGGUUGAGAAUAGAUAUGAAUAAAAUGAAGGUUCUCCGUUUAUUUAUAAAUCUAAGGAGAAGGAUAUUCAAUCUCAAGUUUAAACCAACAAUCAUCUCUAAGUGCCUUAGGAAUCUGAUUCUAAUAUGAUAAUUACAAUUGAUAGAUUGUCUGUAUCAAGGCAUAUUCAAUCUCAUUCUGUAACUCCAAUGUGUGAGCCUAUCUAUCCAGAUUUAGCAACUGAUGCUAGCAAGGAGAAAUUCCUAAGAAAUUUCGAUGAAAACGACCAUAGAAUGACGAUUGAUUUACAUUAGUCAUAUAGGCAUUACAAAAAUAAAUCUUCAAAAAUAUAUCAAGUUACCAAUAAUAAUGGGAGAUCUGAUAACGAGACUUUGAUAUAAUAAUAACAAUAACAGCUUCAAGUAUCAUUGAAGGAUAUUUAAGAUGAGACAUUAGAAACUCAAUACUUCAACAUGAAUUAAGAUUUGAACUUUGAAGAUAAACAGCUUUUAGAAUAAAUAAAGGCAAUGACUAAAGAUCAAAAAAUGGCAUAUAGUUUGUAUUGGUAGAUAGAAUAGCAAAGAAAAAGAGAGGUCCAAGAUUAGACUCACAAAUUCAAUCCCUAUAUCUAUCAAAGAAAGCAAGAGGAUGAGGAAAAUAGGCUACUUUCUAAUAGAAUUAAAAAGAUAAAAGAGAGACAAUAGCAGUCGCUUGGUGUCUCUGGAACUAAUAUUAAAACUAUUGGUCAAAAGAUUGUAGAUUAUGUAAGGGAUUAAUAUGAUCAUGUGAUAAGGUAGCAAGUUCAGCAAGCCCUUGUCAAUUUUCAUGAAUAAGUUUAAUUAUAAUAAGCUUAAUAAUAGAACGUUGAUCAGAGUAAUAUUAACAGCAUGAGCCCAUUACACAAAAUUGUAGAUAAAAAAUUUAAAAAUGGAAAUACAGAGUCACUGACAAAUAGUGACCUAAUGUUAAUGAGCGGGGGGCUUAUGAUGAGUCAAAAUUAAAAACUCCAAAAUAAAUAUGGUCAGAAUACUCAUAGGCAAAAUUUGAGGAAAGGAGAUGGAUCAAUGGCUUUUAAUAGUGAUAUUGGAAUGCAUCUUGAUAACUCUAACCUAAGCAAGAGUCCAAUAAGAUCUCCUCAUAUAGUUGGUAAAUCUUAAACAGUUUCUAAAUCAUAAUCCCAAAGAAAACGAAUUCACUCUUAAAAUAAGCACAUUAUUAAUCAAAUAAAUAAAGACAUUAAAGAAGAAUCUUAGAUUGUUACUCAAAACACCCAGAAGUAGCAGCAAGAUCUUGAAGAGAUUCAUUACUAUUACUCUCCUACUCCAAAUGAGCAGAGUAGGUCUGAUCUUUUGAUUUAUCAGGAUAAAACUGUUAGUGGAUAGAGCAUUCAAUAAGAUUCUUCAAUAGCUAUUUAAAACAAAUAACUUAAUCAAGACUCAUAAGCACACAAUGAGUAUACAUUUGAUAUUCAAAGAGAAAUAGCUGAGUCAUAAAAGGACUUUAAGACAGCUAGAAUUAGUAAUAUUUACUAUGAGGAUUAGACUUAGUCUAAAGCAGUUGAGAUUCCAAAUGACUAUGUGGAUUAGUUUAUGAAUCUCAACAUAGACUCUCAUAAUAUUUCUCAUCAGUAGUUGAAAUCUAAUAAGUAAGAAGAUCAAUAACUGGCUAGCUCUAAGUUUUAAUUUAAAACGAGUUAGCAUAGAUCUAAUGCCAACUUUGCCUAUCAUCCUUAAUCAAUAAACUCCAAUUAUUCAGCUAAUAAAUAGUCAUUUUAAAGGAAAACCCUUGAGGAAUCAGAUAGAACAUCUUAUAGAAUUACAAGACCUCUGCUUCAUCCAGAUUUCAAUCUCCUUACUCAAAAUGCCACUCCUAACAUCAUAGAUAGACCAGUCUAUGAGAGGUCUGCAGAUUAUGAGUUAAAGCUUAAUGAGAUAAAGAAAGAACAGAUACAAACCAAGAUAGCAAAAUCCUAUUCAAAGAUGAUGAACAAAAUUGGAAUGGAGCUAAGGAAUGUUGGACCCAAAUCUCUUAAGAACUUAUCAUUUCUCUAGGGUAAAUAAGCUACAGAAUCAAGUGUGAAAGAAAUAAUGCUGACUAAUUUCUCUUAGAACCCGAAUAAUUUGCAAUUAGAGUAAAUAACUCAUCCUAAAUCAUAGAGCAUGCCUAGGCACUAAAGAAAACGACAUGAAAUUCAUGUCAAUAUAACAGCUAGUAUAAGUACUGCGUCCUUCAAGGGAGAUAGAGCAGCUGAGUUCGAAGAAAAUAAUCAGGGUACAGCAGUUUCAGCAUUUAAAAUCAAAUAAGGUAGGACUGAUUUUAACUUGCAAUCAGCUAGAUAGAAAAUCAAAGUUGAUAAUAAAGGUAGGGAUUACUAUAGUAAUAAUAGAUACAACAGCAUGAGUCAAAAUGAGGAUUAGCUAAAUGACUCAAAUUUGUAGCAAAUUAGAGAUGCCAAAUACAAGCAUAGUUAUAUGAUGAACGAGUCCUAACUGGUAUUAAGCUAGCAUAAGGAAUCAGUCUAUGAACCUUAAAUGAAAGUCUUUGAUGAAAGAGAUCAUGAAAAAACAAAGGUGUUAAUGAUGAAAACAUCCAGAUUAAGUCAGAGGCUAGGUGGUCUUAGCAAAUCUUAACUUUAAAAUUCAUUCGCUCAUAACAAUAGAAAGGUAGUCACCACACAAAACAAGUCUAAAGUAAUAUAGAGCUUCCAAAACAUAGUCCCAACAUAAAUGUCUGGACCUAUUAAUUAAUAUGGAGCAAGAAUCUUGAAUCAUCCCUCAAGUCUAUCAAGUUAGCAGAAUCUAAAUGCAAUCGCAUCCUCUGAUAAUAAUCACUAUGGUAUCUAAAGUAAUGCAACACUUAACAAGAAUUACACAGCUUCUAAUAAGUCAGUACUAAUAAAUCAAAGUACAGCUAUGUCAGCUUAAUACCAAAGACCUUUUACAGGUGAGAAUAUCAAGCGUUUAAAUAGCAACAACCGUCAGAGAAUGUAAAACCUAAUUAACAAUUAGAAUCAGAAUUAGCCAAGGUCUCAUAGUUUGUUCCAAAGCCAAUAUGGUUCCUAGAUCAUGUAACAAUAGCAGUAAACCUAUACUGACCAGGCAUCUUAUCAGAAUAUUCAAUUUGCUGAGAGAGUAUCAACUGCAAAUUUAGCAACAAGUUUUUCUCAGCUACAUCCCUAAUAGUUAACAAAUUAAAAUCAAGAGAAUAAGCAAGAAUUCAAGCAGAGUAGGUUGCUAAGUGCAUAGACCAAUGACUAAAGAAGACCUAUUCACUCUAACUCUAAGAAUAGAGGGCUAAUUAACAAUUCAAUAUUCUAUCAUCAUUAGAAAUUCGCACAAAUGUAAAAAAGAAUUAACUGA